UUUUGUGCGAACCGUCCACUUUUGGGAGGACCCCACGCGUCCUGCUUCACUGACGAGCGCGUGCAUCGGUGGAAUUAUUUUCGUGACCUGGUUUGAGUCUUGAGCAGUUGAGGUGUUUGUUCAACUGAUUACUUUGUUGUUUUAUUUGUCUCUUGUUGCUAGCUCACGUCAGUCGGUUCCUGUGCCUGUGGCGUUGUUGGACGGGUUGACAUCGGCCAGCUGUUGCAGGUUUCGCAUAGUUCCGUAGUACAGACUGUACCGUAGUUUUGCACUUGCAGGUACGGUGUACGUGUCACAGGUGAACGCGCCAGAUCCGUACAAAUCCUCCAUUCCUCAAAUAUUUUGAUUUUGCCACAUGCACACGUACUUGUUGGGACUUUUGAUGAAACUAUUGGUUCAGUCAAAAUUGCCUGUCCAGCGAGACAGCAGCGAUAUGCCAGCGUGUGUUACCUCGGAAUGGGCUACCCAAACUCCUGCUGAGGAUAUUCUGAGGCACCUGCAGGUGGACCAUGGCAGUGGACUCAGCAGCGAGGAGGCCGCAUCGCGGCGAAAAUUGGUUGGAGCGAAUGAAUUCAUCGAGGAGGACGAGGAGCCAAUGUGGCAGAAGUAUUUGGGCCAGUUCAAGGAUCCCAUGAUUGCACUGCUACUGGCAUCGGCAGCAAUCAGUGUGCUUAUGGGCCAAUACGACGAUGCAUUGAGUAUCACGGUGGCUAUUGUCAUUGUUGUAACAGUUGCGUUCAUUCAGGAAUACCGCUCUGAGCAAUCCCUCAACGAACUGAAGAAGUUGCUCCCGCCACACUGUCAAUGUUAUCGCGAUGCUGUGCUGCAAGACUUUGAAGCACGUCUUUUGGUGCCGGGUGACAUCAUCUCACUGACUGUUGGUGACCGAGUGCCUGCAGAUGUCCGAUUACUCGAGACUGUCGACUUUCAGGUGGACGAGUCCAGUUUUACCGGCGAAACGGAGCCAGCUCGGAAACUUGCGUCGACUGUGCAGUCAAGCGAUGCGCAUACUGUCUCGAACCGCACCAACAUGGUCUUCAUGGGUACCUUGACCUGCAGCGGCCAUGCCAAGGGAGUUGUCACAGCUACGGGUACGUACACGGAGUUUGGCGAGGUGUUCAAGCUCAUGCAGAAAGAGGAGGCACCACGGACACCGCUUCAGAAGAGCAUGGGCAGGCUCAGCAAGCAACUUGCAUUCAUCUCUCUCGGUGUUAUUGGGGUCAUUCUGUUCAUUGGCUGGGUUGUGGAACGGAGACAUCUCCUGGAAAUGUUCACCAUAGCUGUCAGUCUUGCGGUGGCAGCCAUUCCCGAAGGUCUUCCCAUUGUAGUCACGGUGACACUGGCGCUGGGCUCCAUCCGUGUGUCCAAGCGUAAUGCCAUAGUGAAGAAGCUACCCACCGUCGAGUCCUUAGGAUGUGCGAAUGUGAUCUGCUCGGACAAGACGGGCACUCUGACAGAGAAUGUUAUGACGGUUACGGAUAUCUACACCGCAUCAGGGGAGCUCUACAAGGUGGCAGGGAAUGGCUACAGUGCUGAGGGUGACGUCACGCUGAAUGGCGAAUGUGUUCAGGUUUCCAACCAACAUGCUCUGCAUCGAUUAGUCGAGGCUGGGUGUGUUUGCUCCAACGCUUCUGUCACUAAUGGUACUCUUGUCGGCCAAGCAACGGAAGGAGCAAUCGUCACUGUGGCCUAUAAGCUUGGUUUGAACAACCCACGAGACGACUAUAUUCGCCUCGAGGAGAUACCGUUUAGCUCUGACAAGAAAUGGAUGGCGGUAGCAUGCCAGUCAAAACAAGGUGUCCAGGGUCAAGCUGAAGUACAGUACUUUGUCAAAGGCAGUGUGGAAAGUGUUCUCACACGAUGCCAGCAAUAUCAAUCCCUGGCAGCUGGCUCCAGAACCGAGGCCGUCCUUGCUGCUGACCGUGAGCGAUUUCUCAAUAGUGAAAAUCAGCUUGCCUCCCGCGGCCUCCGUGUUUUGGCUGUAGCAACUGGUCCCAGCAUGAAACAGUUAGUGUUCCUUGGUCUCAUAGCUAUGCAUGAUCCACCACGACUUGGCGUACCAAAAGCAAUACGAAGCCUGCGCAGUGGCGGUGUAGCGGUGAAAAUGGUAACGGGAGAUUCCAAGGCAACAGCCAUUGCCAUUGGUCAUCUUUUGGAUAUGAGCGGUGAAGCAAUGUCGGGUGAUGAACUUGAAAUGUUGACUACAUCCGUUGCUGAUCAGUCUCUCUUGCAAAGAAUAAGAGUGUCGGAUAUCUUCUACCGCGUGUCGCCAAGGCACAAAGUUCUUAUCGUCAAGGCUUUGCAAGAUCAAGGCAAUAUUGUAGCUAUGACCGGUGAUGGUGUUAACGACGCCGUUGCAUUGAAGACCGCUGAUAUCGGUGUGGCCAUGGGAAAAACCGGCACCGAUGUCAGCAAAGAGGCUGCCGACGUCAUUUUAGUCAAUGACGACUUUGGCACGAUUCUGGCUGCCAUUGAGGAGGGUAAGAGUAUCUUCUACAACAUCAAGAACUUUGUUCGCUUUCAGCUAAGCACGAGUAUAGCAGCACUGUCGCUGAUUGCUAUAUCAACAUUGUUCAGUCUGCCCAGCCCGCUCAAUGCCAUGCAGAUACUAUGGAUUAACAUUAUCAUGGACGGUCCACCAGCUCAGAGUCUUGGCGUUGAGCCUGUUGAUCGUGACGUGACAAGACGGCCGCCACGCAAGAUCUCGCAGGGCAUGAUCACACCUCUGCUGGCAGCGCGUGUAGUAAUGUCAGCUCUCUGCAUCGUGCUGGGUACAUUCUGGAUCUUCUGGAGAGAGAUGAGUAUUGACAAUAAGGUGACCGCACGGGACACAACCAUGACUUUCACUUGCUUUGUGUUCUUCGACAUGUUCAACGCGCUGAGUUCACGCUCUGAGUUCAAAUCUGUGCUCCAGCUGGGCUUGUUCAGCAACCGUGCGUUUGUAAUAGCGGUGGGUGGCUCGCUGAUCGGUCAGAUGCUAGUGGUGUACUUUCCGCCGCUGCAGAGAGUGUUCAUCACUGAAGCACUCGGUGCCCAUGACCUGCUCCUGCUGGUGGCCUUGUCCUCCACUGUCCUCAUCUGCGAUGAAGUUCUGAAGUUGUACCGUCGCCACUACGGCCUAGUGAAUAGCUACCAGCCAGUAGAGAAUAUGCCCGUCACCAGGAUGUAAGCACUACUACUAGUAGUUAGUAGCCCUACUCAGUACUCUAGUCUAGUACUCACUAGUAGGAGCAUUAGCUGUGUGCACUGUGGCUGUGGUGGACUAGCAUUAGCAGCCGGUUAGUGUCCUGGACUGACGCUGACGUGCAUGUGCGUCUGCCGGAGCUGGCGCAGUCAAGGUGCUUGGCCCAAGUAGUGUUGUGAUUGGGUUGAUAGACGCACACCAGCUCCCCCAAGUGUGGGCAAGCGCACGCACGCGGCGUGUGCACACACACACUGCAGCAUGGAACAAUACUUGUAAUGUGCACGUUGAUUCUCUCUACAAACCAGUGUUGGUUGUGGGUUCUCUCUGUUACGGUGGAUUACCUCAAGCAUGUGUUGCACAGCGCCACUCUCCAUGAUCUCCUGCUGCCGGAGCCGGUGGACUCUUAUUCGCAGGCUGCUGCUGCUGCUGCUGUUGUAUUUAGCCUACAGAAUUAACGUUACAUUGAGCAGUCCCCAUGGCAUGGGCAUUACAUCAGUUUUGCCUUCGCUCAGCAGGAUUCUUUUGGUAUUUUACUGCCUUUCUGAGCUCGGUAGCUGCCUAUCAUCUUGAGUCACGAUUGGAUUGGCAUGUGUAGAGAACCGUUUCAUGUCUGCAUAUUUUGUCAGCAUAUAAUGACCCUUUCCAGACCCCCAUAUAUUUUACAUUAUUCAGAGUGAUUAUUAUUAUUCAUGAACCAUAUGUGGUGUUUUACUAGUUUACCCACUGACUGACAUAUUCUGAAAACGCUAAUAACGACGACCCUGUCUUUUCUGUAUGUGUAUGACGAUAUCUACUUCCAUCCUUUUGUAUGGAUUUUGAACUCUUGCAGUAGUGCUGUUUUACAGUAGUAGGUUUGAAACCUUUUUUAGUGAGGACAUUGAGACGUCUGUAUUCUUUCUUAGCCUUUCCUCCUAGUUUUAGUCCUAACUAACAUGCUGUGUUCACCCGUUGCGCCGCCUGCUGCUGUCCGCGGAAGUCUUCACAUGCGUCUUCUCUCCCCCGUGCUUCUUUUUAAACCUUUUUAGGCCUGGCCCUGCUGUGAACAUCUCCUAUUGACAUUGA